ACAUCCUGUGCCGGAUUUACGUCUCUGAUGGUUCGUAGAAAGUGUAUGAUUUCGAAAGUCAGAGCCAAGCCUGACGGAGACGCCGUUCUUAUCCCAUUAGAAACUGCCGUAUACUUCGAAAAAUUUUGUCUCCCUCGGAAUGACCGAAACCCCUGUAGGGAACAAUUUUUCUACCUUUUUCCAGGCAAGGACUUUUACGUUGAGUCUAUUCACAUUGCAUCGGCUGCAUCGUUAAGGGAAUGCGCCGAAAUAUGCGUUCGACAGGAUUGUCUGACUGCUGUCUACAACGCUGAUUCCCAUGAAUGCCACAUCAAGGAUCUCACCGCGGCUAACAAGCGAAGCUACCUCGCCGACAAAACCAACAGCUACUACUUUGAGAAUGGGUGCAAGAAGCUUUCGACAUUUUCAAUCGAAAGUAAGUUGAACAAUUGA